AUGCGCCUUUUACGUCAUACAGCUUGGCUGAAGCGCUACAUUAGAAAUCUCAAAGCUAAGAGAGAUGGAGCACCUCUUUCACUUGGUGAGCUCACCCAAGAAGAACUGUUGGCGGCGGAUCGCAUAGCUCAGGAGUCAGUCUACCUCGAGGAAAUAGCAGUUCUCACCAAAGCAAUUAACUAUGACGAUGCAUAUAAGUACCGAAUACCCAAAAGCAGUUCCAUCUACCAACUGUCACCGUAUCUCGACAAUUUCGAUGUGCUGCGAAUGCGUGGAAGAACAGGUGCAUGUGAAUUCACUGAGCCAGGCGCUAGCUGUCCCAUUAUUCUUCCACGGAAUCAUCACGUUACGGAACUCAUCGUACGAUCUGUGCACUGGCGUUAUCAUCACCUAAACCACGAGACGGUUGUGAACGAGCUUCAGCAGAAGUACAGAAUUCCGAUGCUGCGCCGUGUAUUCCGUGGCGUGAUUCGGGUCACUUGUCAAACCUGCAAGAAUCGUCUUGCUCGCACUGAUGCUCCUUUCAUGGCCGAUGUUCCACCAGCAAGAUUAGCUGCGUUCACUAGGCCAUUCUCGUAUACCGGAGUGGACUACUUCGGUCCGAUGUAUGUUGCUGUUGGUCGGCGUGUUGAGAAACGCUGGGGAGUGCUCCUCACCUGUUUGGUAACUAGAGCAGUUCACACCGAGAUUGCACACUCUCUCAACACCGACUCGUGUAUACUGGCACUUCGAAACUUCAUGGCACUGCGAGGAACCCCAUUGGAGCUGUUUAGUGACCAAGGAACAAACUUUGUCGGCGCUGACCGCGAAUUGAAGGAGGCAUACCAGAGAAUCGAUCAAAAUCUAUUGUUCAAGGAGUUUACUACAUCCAACACCAAAUGGUCGUUCAUCCCCCCAGGAUCACCGCACAUGGGAGGCAGCUGGGAAAGGAUGGUGCAAUCAGUCAAGAAAGUCCUCAAUCAGAUGAAACUACCCCGCAAUCCGACUGACGAAGUGCUCCGAAACACACUAUUAGAAAUCGCAAACGUCAUCAACUCGCGACCCCUUACUUAUAUUCCCAUUGAUGACGAGAACUCUCAUGCAUUGACACCCAAUCAUUUCUUGAUUAACUCUUCGAGCGGAUGCAAACCACUCACGAUAUUCGAUGAUAGCCCCGCCGCGCUUACAAAUAAUUGGAAGACUUCACAAAUUUAUGCGAACCACUUUUGGCGAAGAUGGGUUCGCGAAUAUCUACCAACAAUCUGUCGUCGAACCAAAUGGCAUCAACCUACAAGACAAAUCCGCGUAGGGCACGUCGUUAUCAUAGUGGAUCCUACCCUGCCACGAAACGUAUGGCCUAAAGGCCGAGUUGUGGCCAUCAGGAAUAAAGAUGACCAAGUCCGAAGUGCCACCGUACAAACUAGCAUGGGAGUAUAUGAACGACCAGCUGUUAAAUUUGUUGUUCUGCACGUCGGAGUAACAAGUAGUAAGCAGGAUUCGACAUCCAGCGUACUGGGGGGAGUGUUACGCCCUUUGGCGAGCUCCUCCUAG